AUUUACUUUAAUCUGUUUGUUUAUUCAAAGAAGGAAAAAACGCAAAAACAGAUUCCAGAAGAAAAAAAACUUCCAGAUAGUCGGAGGAAUCCGUUCAUGGCUGAUCAUUGCUUCUGAUUCAAAGUCUCAACGAUCUUGCGGCGGAGGAUUUGACAUCAAGAUUGUUAAAUUCGUCGAAUUUCAGUUUCGAUUUGGACUUGCUUCGGUACGGUUUUUGGGAAUUCUCCUCGUCGUCUCGGAGAAGCUUAAUUCGAUCGAAUUUCAUGAAGAUUGGGUUGGAUUCCGUUGGAUUGCGUUAGAAGAGGAGGAGAAACAAGAAGAUUAAGAAGAAGAACGUUAGAGAGAAAGAAAGCAAGAAUGAAGGCGAUGGAGACGGUACAGGAUCUGAUCGAGGAGGCCAAAGUACGGACCGUGUGGUGGGGCUUGUGCGUCUUCGCCGUCACUUACGUCUUGACCCAUACAAGCACGUCUAUGUGGAUGAAUUUUCCUGUAGCAAUCCUCAUUGUUUGUGGUCUACGUAUUUUGUCUAAUGAGGUUGAGUUCCACUGGAAAGUUCGUCCGUCUCCAAGACAAAGUCAUCUGUCUUAUCUCACGAACAAGAAGUUGUCGUUGAAUGAUCCACGUCUUUCUAGUGCUCCGCCUCCUCCAACGUGGAAGAAGAAGAUUGACUCUCCAGUAGUGGAGGCUGCGAUAAAUGAUUUUAUCAAUAAAAUCCUAAGGGAUUUUGUGGUAGAUUUGUGGUACUCUGAAAUCACCCAGGAUAAGGAGGCGCCUGAACUGAUUCGUGCAGUUAUCAUGGAUGCUCUUGGUGAAUUAUCUGUAAGAGUAAAAGAGAUAAAUAUCGUUGACUUGCUAACCAGGGACAUAGUUGAUUUGAUAGGCGAUCACUUGGAUCUUUUUAGACGAAACCAGGCUGCCAUAGGCAUUGAUGUUAUGAAGACAUUGUCUUCAGAGGAGAGAGAUGAGAGAUUGAAAUACCAUCUUAUGGCUUCUGGGGAACUUUAUCCUGCACUUGUGUCUCCAGAGAGUGAGUACAAGGUUCUGCAGCGGAUAGUGGCUGGAAUAUUAUCUGUGGUCCUCAGACCACGAGAAGCUCAGUGCCCUCUCGUUCGAACAAUUGCUAGAGAGAUUGUUACUUGCUUGGUACUUCAACCUCUUUUGAAUUUAGUGUGCCCCGAGCGUAUUAAUGAGGUGAUUGAAAUCAUUAUCAACAUUAUUAAAGAGGGAGACUUUCAGCAGCUUGGGGGGGAAGCACUGAGUGUUGGUUCUGCCUCAACGAACCAUUCAUCCUUCGAGAAUCAAGCAAAGGAUGUGAAUUUUGCAAAAGUUGAUGAGCAGACAACGUCAUCCCCAGAAUAUGUUAAGUAUCAAUUGACCAUGCAUCCGCAUUCUGCUGAAUGGGCUCGUGGGCUUGAGGCAGCAACGCAAAGGAGAACAGAGGUUCUUGCCCCUGAAAACCUGGAAAACAUGUGGACAAAAGGAAGAAACUAUAAGAAGAAAGAGUACAAAAAACCUCUCAACCAGAAAGACCUUACCUCUAUCCCUGGAACGUCUACUGGAUCUGAAGGGAAAGCAGUGGCAUCGUUACCCCCAAGAUUAAGUGUUGAUAAUCAGUUAUAUGACAGGAUGGCUAUGGCAGAGGAUUUUAAUAAAUCAUCUUCAUUCGAAGGGAAGAACUGCAUCUAUGAGGAUGAUCCUGCUUCUGAUGGAAGUAAAAUUAGGCUUAAGAGAUCCAACAGUACUUCUGAUCUUCAAGGGCAUCCUGAUGGAAGGCAUGGACUUGAGGGGCCUAUUAUCACAGAGUUCUACACGACAGAUUUCAUCAAGCACAAUGAAAAAUAUACAAGUGAUAAAAAAUCUCCUGACGUCUUUCUUCACAAAGAGGGACAUCAUGCUCCAAAGCUCAAAUGUCGGGUACUUGGUGCUUAUUUCGAGAAACUGGGGUCAAAAUCCUUUGCAGUAUACUCUAUUGCAGUGAGAGAUGCAGCAAGCAGAACUUGGUUUGUUAAGAGAAGAUACAGUAACUUUGAGCGGUUGCAUCGUCAGCUCAAAGACAUCCCAAACUACAAUUUACAUUUGCCUCCUAAGAGGAUAUUCUCAUCAAGCACUGAAGAUGCUUUUGUUCAUCAGCGUUGUAUUCAGCUAGACAAAUAUCUGCAAGAUCUCUUGUCUAUAGCUAAUGUAGCCGAACAGCAUGAAGUUUGGGAUUUUCUGAGCGAAUCUUCAAAGAAUUAUUCUUUUGGAAAGUCUUCAUCAGUGAUAAGAACUCUUGCAGUUAACGUUGAUGAUGCUAUGGAUGACAUUGUGCGUCAGUUCAAAGGGGUUUCAGAUGGCCUUAUGCAGAAAGUUGUAGGACCUCCGCUUGAAGAAAAUGAUCAUGUCCCUGCCCGACACCUGUCCUUAAGCGUACAGGACCUAAGCACUCAUAUUCCUAGGAAAGUUACAUCUGAAUCUCUGAACAGCACUUCUGAUACUGAUGAUGUUGAUAAAAAUGGAGAUAGCACUCAUGUGGAAGGGAGAUUUGAUUCCGGAGGGCCCUCAGAUAAUGAGUUGAACUCUAAGAACUUCCCACCAGGGGUUGUUAGGCAUCUUGGAGGACCCGAGAAGUCACUUUCGGAGAAGGAAAAUGAUUGUGAGGUUAAAGCUGAACAAGGGGACUCUCUUGACUUGCAGCUUGCCGAUCCUUUGACAGCCUUGAUCCACAAUCCUACUGGCAUGCCGCCUGAGUGGAUGCCACCCAAUGUUAGUGUGCCGAUACUUAACCUAGUGGAUAAGGUGUUUCAGCUGAAUAGAAGAGGUUGGUUAAGGAGACAAGUUUUCUGGAUAUCAAAACAAAUCUUGCAGUUGGUUAUGGAAGAUGCUGUGGAUGACUGGCUCUUGAGGCAGAUCUGUUGGCUCAGGAACGAAGACACAAUUGCUAAAGGGAUCCAUUGGGCUCAAGAUAUUCUUUGGCCAAACGAUGUCUUCUUCACCCGAGUGCGAGUAGCUGAAAGCGACUCCGAUGGGAACGACUUUAAUCAGAAACCACUCCAGAUUGCUGGCCAAUUCAGCGGUCUGAAGGAAGCGAGACCCAGUUCUUUUGAGCAGCAAUUGGAGAACGCUCGGAGAGCUAGCGAGAUAAAGAAAUUCCUGUUCGAUGGAGCCCCGACAGCGUUAGUGGGUUUAGUCGGGAAGAAGCAGUACAGGAGAUGCGCCAGAGACAUAUUCUAUUUCACCCAGUCGAGCGUAUGCAUGAAGCAAGUGGCGUAUUCCAUACUCGAACUGCUUCUCAGAUCGGUCCUGCCAGAGCUGGAUGAUCUUCUCAGAGACAUAAGGGAGAAGUAACUGUUUAUAUAAGGUUUUUGAACCCCACUUCUCAGCUGCCCGUUUUGGUUAUAUAGAGUGGCAAAUCCGUAAUUAUAUCAAACUGAUGCGUUUCUUCGUUUCUUUUCCUUUUUUUGUUUUCUUAACCUGGGAAUUUUUUUUGUUUGAUGGCUAUUCUUUUGUGUACAAAAUGCUUAUACCAUUUUUUUUUUGGUUUAAUUCUGGAGGGGUUGCAUAGAAUUAGGACAUGAGUCUUUUUGGCAUUGUAUAUAUAACCUCUGCUUUGUGUCGGAGUAAAAAUUGAAUUUGAAGUCCUCAAGACAGUUUUGUAUUA